AUGUCGAAAGCCGAUUCAAGUUGGGCGGCGUACGGGGCUUUACUGGCUGCGCUUCUCUCUGAAGGCGUCCUCUUCGGAGUCUGCCUUUCAUUCGGCGUGUUCCAGGAUUACUACAGCAACAGAGCCUCCCUCCCUCACAGCGACCUCUCGUCAUGGAUUGGCGUUCUCGCAGCAGGCAUUGCAUACCUAGGAGCUCCGGCCGUCACAUACUGCUGUCAAAACUUGACGAUUCCCUGCCACUAUUACAUCUACGCGGGAUGGAUCCUGUGUCUCGUGGGCCUCGUGAGCAGUGCGUUUUGUCACGACGUCAAGACGCUGAUCGCCACGCAAGGGCUGUUGUUCGGCUUGGGCCUGCUCGUUGUGGAAAUGUCCACGCUCAUAAUCCUAAACACGUGGUUCGUCGCGAGACGUGGACUUGCAUACGGUCUGCUCUACGGGUUCACCGACUUGUUUGGCGUGGCGUGGGGGUUUCUCGCCAGCUCCCUCCUGAACCAGCAUGGCGUCAAGACCGCAUUCCUCGUAUUCGCCGCGAUCUGCUUCUUUAUCCCGGGUGUUGGGAUCUUUUUCCUUCGCGAAAGGUCUUCUGCCGCUGCAGACUCAUGCUCCGAGACUGCAUCGGUCAAGGAGUUGACAUCCACAGACAUGCUACGUGAGAUACCUACAGCCGAUACCCUGCCUCCACGCCGUUACCAUCGCCACGCCAGCUUCUACAUCUUUCUCCUGUCGAACCUCUUUCAGUCAUUUGCUUUCUACUUGCCCUUCAUCUACCUGCCCUCCUACACCACGGCGCUCGGAUACUCGGCGUCGACCGGCGCAAUGGUCCUCGCGAUCGCCAACGUCGCCCAAGUGUUCGGAGAGAUCGGCUUCGGCAGCCUCUCGGACAGAGUCGGCGUCCACGCCCUGGUGUUCUUCUCGGCCGCAGCGGCUUCGCUCUCCGCAUUUCUGAUCUGGGGGUUCGCCGAUUCCCUUGCAUAUCUGAUCGUCUUUGCGCUGCUCUUUGGCGGUUCCGCGAGCGGCUUCCUCACGCUGUGGCCGCGCAUGGGCACCAUGUUUGCGGAACACGAUGCCAGCAUGAUCUACAGUUUCCUGUCGCUGGGGAGGGGCCUGGGCGUCAUUUCUUCCGGCCCAAUUAGCUCGGCAUUGCUUCGGGUGCAUGGAGAUAUCAGGGACCAUGGCGAUGACCGAAUACGGCAUCAUUAUCAAGCCGUUGUGCUCUUCGUGGGGUCUUGCAUGGCUGCUAGUGCGGCUCUGGGCGUUGUCGGGUGGACAUCGUCAUAUUUGAAAAGCAAACACGUAUCGCAGGGAGGAGGAGGUGCAGCUGCAUAGUUAUGCCAGGUGUCAAAAUGAAUGAAA